AUGAAAUGUAGCAGAUAUAAGCGCCUCUACAAUGAGUUGUCUGUAUUGGGUUCGGGAUGUUUUGGCACCGUUUAUAAAGUUAAACGUAAAUCUACGGGACAAGAAUAUGCAAUGAAAAUAGUUGAUUACCGAGAUGUUAACAAAGAUGCUAUCAAUGUGUUAAAAAAUUUGUCACAUAUUUUCACUGAAAAUGUGGUCAAAUAUAUCGACUAUUGGCAGGAAUUUAACGUAUAUUAUAUUGGAAUGGAGUUAUGUGUCGAGAGUUUAGAGUCAGUUCUAUCACUGAAAGUCUCGGCGUUUGGCCGCCGAUCGGCCGAAGAGGCCAUGAAUUUGUUGGAGUUUUUAAUUUCGUGCGAAAUAUUCUCUGAACUGUUGGAAUGCAUACAAUGUUUGCAUGAUUUGAGUCCAGCAGUCAUUCAUCGGGACCUCAAACCCGAGAAUGUGUUGAUUGCAUGCAAUGCCGGCAAAUGGUGUCUAAAACUCUGUGACUUUGGUUUGAGUGAAGCCUUCGAUCGCCUGAACUAUAAAAGAGAUGCCAAAUAUUUAUCGCCCGAAGAAACUAAUGGACAAACUGUUGAUUACAAGACAGAUGUUUACAGUGCGGCCAAAAUUGGAGAAAAUAUAUUUGAUAUUCAAGUGAUGGAUGAAUAG